CGCUUUUUUUCUCCCUCAUUUUUCUCGCAAAAUUCACGCAUCAUUAUUCAUCGGGCUUCCUCUGUUUUUGCUCCACGCAGCAUCAGAGUUGGUCUUUUCCAGCCCGCUUUACUCUGCUGCCGCCUCCCCGUCAGCCCCACCAGGAACACGCACAGAUACGCGGCUCCCGCCCGGGGAAAUCGAGCCUGUUUGAGUCUCGAUUCAGUAUACACACAGUUAACAUAGCCUGGACUAGUGUGAGGCAAAUCCAGCCUAAUCGUCAAAACAGCCGACGCUAUAAUUACGAAGUCUCUAUAGAGACUAUAGAGCGACCGAGAGAGCAGCAGCUCUUGAGAAGAAAUCUCUCCGGAAUGCAGAGCAUGAGCUGCGAGAUUUACUGCUGUGACAUGUUCGAAAACACUGUGGCAAAUAUGGAGAAGUGAGGCUGUUCCUCUGUAUGAAGAGUCUGGCCGGAGCUGUCAGAACCACGCCUAUAGGGGCCCACAAUUGGUCCAGAAAGCGUAAAAUCAGCAAUCAAAGGGGCUUGGUUCAUUAGUGUUGGGGAUGGAGGCAGGAAGGACAUGUGAGAUAGUCACAGAUCUGCAGUGAACGGGGCCACAUCUCUCCAGUCAGUGUGGGAUGACUGAGAAACCGCUUAUUUCUCUGAGAGGCACACAGCGCAGCCGGGCUCUGCCUUCUACUGAAGCGCCACUUCUGCUGACGGACUCGGUGCAGGAACCAAAGGAAACGCACAUCAGCAGCAACUCUGGGCUAUUUUCUUCACCCCGAUAACGCGCUGUGUGUUCACUGUGCCGCUUUACAGACAUUACUGAGUGCUGUCGAAGAGCGGACCUUCUGGCUCUGGGCUGGGGGGAGAUACCAUUAAAAUAUCUGUUAUUUCACUUCGCUUUUUGUGGAUGCACCGAUGAGAGAUCCAGUUUUCACAGGGACUGCAAUGGCUUAUCACCCUUUCCACGCACACCGGCCGACCGAUUUCCCCAUGUCCGCCUUUCUAGCGGCCGCUCAGCCUUCCUUCUUCCCGGCGCUCAGCCUCCCUCCCGGUGCUCUCACUAAGCCGAUCACGGACCACGGCCUGGCAGGGGCGGCGGAGGCUGGGCUCCACCCGGCUCUCAGUCACCAUCAGGCGGCUCAUCUCCGCAGCAUGAAAAGCCUGGAGCCCGAGGAGGAAGUGGACGACGAUCCAAAAGUUACACUGGAAGCCAAGGAUCUUUGGGACCAGUUUCACAAACUCGGAACGGAGAUGGUUAUUACCAAGUCAGGAAGGAGGAUGUUCCCUCCGUUCAAAGUGCGAAUAAACGGCCUCGAUAAAAAAGCCAAAUACAUCCUGCUGAUGGACAUCGUGGCGGCGGACGACUGCCGCUACAAGUUCCACAAUUCCCGCUGGAUGGUGGCGGGCAAGGCCGACCCCGAGAUGCCCAAGAGGAUGUAUAUCCACCCGGACAGCCCGGCCACCGGCGAGCAGUGGAUGGCCAAGCCUGUUGCUUUCCAUAAACUCAAGCUGACCAACAACAUCUCGGACAAACAUGGAUUUACGAUCCUGAACUCCAUGCACAAGUACCAGCCCAGGUUCCACAUAGUGCGGGCCAACGACAUCCUGAAGCUUCCCUACAGCACCUUCAGGACGUACGUGUUCCCCGAGACCGAGUUCGUGGCUGUGACAGCAUAUCAGAACGACAAGAUAACACAGCUGAAGAUCGACAACAACCCGUUCGCCAAAGGUUUCAGAGACACGGGAAACGGAAGGAGAGAGAAAAGGAAGCAGCUGUCCAUGCCUUCGCUGCGGAUGUACGAGGACCAGUGCAAGGCGGACAGGGAGGGCGCGGACUCGGACGCCUCGUCCAGUGAACCUCCUGCCGGCAGGGACACAGUCCACUCCCCGCUGGGAGCGGGUACCAGCCCGCUGAGGUUCAGCAGGCCAAGUCGAGAUGAUAAAACAUGCACUGACAGCGAGCAAGAGCUGGAGCAUCAAGAUGAGCGCUGCACCGGGUCCAACAGCCCGGGACCCGAACCCGUGUCCCCCUACAACUCCAGGUGUGAGGAGCGCAUGAGGGAAAGACCCAUUGCUGAGAAGAAGGAUGACUCUUUAUUCAGUAUAAGGAGCCUUGAGAAGGACAAAGUGGAAAGCAGGCACAGGAAGGACACCACAGACGUGUUAACAAAAGACUCGGAGGCUGGAGGCAUCAGUGCCACUAAGGAUGCCUUCUCCCCUCUUGUAGUCCAGACCGAGAGCCCCUCACACUUCAGCCCAGGCCAUUUACAAAGCUUGGCUCUGUCUGGCCUGCACAGUCAGCAGUUCUUUAACCCUCUGAACACCGGAUCGCCACUGUUGUUUCACCCUGGGCAGUUUGCCAUGGCCCCUGGAGCCUUUUCCGCUAUGGGCAUGGGGCAUCUAUUGGCCUCUGUAUCUGGAGCAAGUGGUUUGGAAAAUGGCAGCCUCUCCACCCAGGGCACAGGAGGAACCCCAAACCCCUUCCCCUUCCAUCUGUCCCAGCACAUGCUUGCCUCUCAGGGCAUCCCCAUGCCUCCAUUUGGGGGUCUCUUCCCGUAUCCUUACACCUACAUGGCAGCAGCUGCAGCAGCAGCCUCAGCCUCAGCCCUCCCAGCCACCAGCACAUCCAGUCCCCUCUCCAGGAACCCCUUCCUCGGCUCAUCCAGGCCACGGCUCCGCUUCAACCCCUACCAGCUCCCGGUGUCUCUGCCUCAAAGCUCGAGCCUGCUCACCACCGGCCUACAGGGAAGCAUCAACCCAGGCUCAGAGUCCUCCAAACCGGGCAGUAGGGAAACCAGCCCAGCACCGGAGCACCACAGCAAUCACAAGACAGGAGGCUCAAGUGGGAGGGUUGCGUCUCCCAAAACCUCCGUGAAGGACUCGGUGAACGAGCUGCAGAGCAUCCAGAGACUGGUUAGCGGCCUGGAGGGCCAAAGGGAACCCUCCCCAAAUACAGACUGUCCCAAGUGAUUAAGACUCUCUGACUGGGAUGAAGACUUGGCUUGAAUACUAGAGGACUAUAAGUGCAUAUGUCCUGUACAGCACAUUACAGAGACUGGGAUGAAGGCAUGACUGAUGGGCGUUGAUGAAGGCCAAUUAUGACUAUUUUUUGGAACAAAGCUGCAGGUAGACAGAAAUAUAGUCUAUGUAAUUAUAUUUAAUCUUUUUCAAUUCGCAAGUAUUGAAAGUUUCCUUCAGAGCUGACCUGUUGGAAAGCGUGAAAAGCUUCAGCACCAUCAGACACCAAAGUCCUCCCUGAAAUCCCAGUGUUUUUAGGGUUAGCUUUUGAAGACGGCCAGACCCACCAAAACAAAGAAAUACACAAAACAGAAAAAAAAAAUCCCUGCUGCAAUUCUACACUCAUUAAAUAAAAACGAUUUAGAAAAGAAUAAUAAGGAAAUAACUCAAAUGUGAGGAAAAUAAAGAAUUAAAUAAUCACAAAAAAAACUUUAACCUAAGGUCAAGGAUGCCUAUCAGAGAGUCACAGUGACACUACAAAACAAGCAAACAAGUAGUGAAUUAAACUUCAUCAUGUCAUAUCACAGGUGGACCACGCAAGGCCACUAUCGGCCUCUUAUACCGGUCUAACCUGCCCGAGAGCCUGCAGCUCCGCACUGUGCGUGGGGCACUGUGGAAAGUGUGUGCUGUUAAGUUUGGGUAACCUGAAGCACUUGAGCAUCCGAGCCUGGUUUCUAAACUCCACGCCUGAACACGAGGCUUACGACGCCGACAGGCAAGUCUGAUUAUUUCAAAAGGGAUGGAAGGUGAACGUCCCGCCUGCGAGAGGAAGAAAGAACCGUUUAUCAUUUAAUGCCAGAAAAAAAAAAUCUUUCUGAACUAUUUAUGUAAUUAAAAAAAAUCUGUAAAUAAAGCUAAGAUCCAAGAAUAUGCAAUUGGUAUUAAUUUAUUCAAGGCUGUAUAUUAGCGUGUAUAUAUUUCGAAUGGAACUUUCCCCCUCUUACUUAUCCUGCCCCCCCUCCUCUUCCUCCUUCCGCCCCGUUUUACAUAUACUGUACAUGAAAGCUAUUUAGCGCUUGUUGGUUUGAAAAAAAAAAGAAAAAAAAACUGUGUAUGAAGCAUCGAUGACUUUUUUUAGGAGACGUGUGCCAUGUUUUAGUCUGCAUCCACCGACAAACACAGAGGAACAGAGAGUGAGAUAGAGAGAGCUCCACAUGGAUUCUAAAACACCUCAGGUUAUUUCACUUCAGCCAGGAGACAUUCAAAGUAAUUCCUCCUAUGGGCGCAUCGUUCAUAUCUAUUCAUAAAUAUAUUUAAAGUUGGAAAUAUCUUGUUUAUGCUGGUUGUCCGGGUAUUUUUUUUCUUUUUGUUUUUUUUCUUUCUUUCUUUCUUUUUUCUUUUUUUUUGGUUUGUCUCACAAUUUCAAUAAAAAAAUGUUGUGCGAAAGGUUGUACUAUUAUUAUUAUUAGUAUUAUUAUCACCUCACUCUACCAACUGUCACCACUUUUGGAGCCUUUUUAAUGAAGUCAUGUAAGCUAAGGUUUCACACAAAUAAGGGCCUGCUUGUAGACACACACGCGUACGCGCGGGGCAGGAGCGCCCCCUGUCGGCCACAUAUCGAACAGGAGAAAAAGGUGUGGUUUGCUAAAUUUGAUAAGAAAAUUUGUCUGGGUCGAGUUUGCAUGUCAUUAAAAACAGAUUUAAAUUGCAUGGUGAAAUUUGUGGGUCAAAAUUGCUGGCAGAAUUUUUGCAUUAAGACUACAGCUAUGACUAUUACAGCGUGCUUUAUUGUUUCAGACUUUACAUGAGCAAACGAAUUAAAGAGCAGGCUUUGCCCCUCUA